AUGUCCAAUAUCCUUCGACCAAUCCGUCUACUACUUCUCGGAGCCCCGGGCUCUGGAAAGGGAACCCAAACUUCUCGAAUCCUUAAAGAUUUCCCGCAAAUCUCUGCAAUCUCAUCUGGUGAUCUUCUUAGACAACAAAUCAAGCUUGGAACACCUAUUGGCAAGGAAGCUGAAGCCAUUAUCAAAAAGGGUGAUCUUAUCCCAGAUGACUCCAUUGUAUCUCUAAUCAAGGAAGAACUCAACGCUAAAAACUUUCUUAACGCCUCCUCCAGCUGGCUGCUCGACGGCUUCCCACGUAACGCUACUCAGGCUCAUGUUCUUGAUAAGACACUAUCCUCUCAUGAUUCUAGCCUUAACCUUGUUGUCGAGUUAGAUGUCCCAGAAGAAGUCAUCCUCGACAGAAUAGAAAACAGAUGGGUCCAUAUACCCUCUGGUAGAGUCUAUAACCUCACUUUCAACCCUCCUAAAGUUCCUGGCAAAGAUGAUAUUACCGGUGAGCCUCUCAGCAAAAGACCCGAUGAUAACCCAGUCACUUUCAAAGAAAGAAUUGAUACUUAUAAGCAUCAAACUUUACCUCUUCUAGAAUACUACAACAAAUUUGGUAUUCUCAGAUCAGUCAAGGGCGAAACUUCGGACAUAAUAUAUCCUCAGCUUAAAGAACUUCUUCUUAAAGAGUUUUCCAAGCAAUAG